UUUGCUGCUGUGGUCGCUCCGUGUAAGGUCAAUGAAAAGAUGGCUACCCCACCGGACAGUCCGAUUGAGGAGGUGGUGUACGAGCUAGAGCCUACGCGGGCACCGAAACCAAUACCGGUCGCACUAGAGGAUCUUUGCCGGCUGACAAAGUUCACCCGCCAGGAGAUACGGGUCAUGUACAGGGGCUUCAAAACGGAAUGUCCAGACGGGGUUGUGCACGAAGAUAGCUUCAAGGAUAUUUAUGCGAAAUUCUUCCCACAUGGAAAUUCCAGCCUUUACGCGCACUAUGUGUUCAAAGCGUUCGAUGUCAACUGCAACGGAUCCAUCACCUUCCGGGAUCUUCUAGUUACCCUAUCUACACUUCUGCGUGGUUCCGUUUACGAGCGACUACGAUGGACGUUCCGGUUAUACGACAUCAAUGGGGACGGUUGCAUCAGCCGAGGCGAGCUAGGAGAAAUUGUGUCGGCCGUACACGAACUGAUGGGACGGCGACCACACCAACCAGACGAUGACCGGAAGGCUCGGGAACAGGUUGACAAAGUGUUUGCAAAGCUAGACCUUAACCAGGACGGUAUCAUCACGAUCGAAGAAUUUCUCGAGGCUUGUCUGAAGGAUGACGUCGUCACCAAGUCUCUGCAAAUGUUUGACUGUCUUUGAUGACCGUCGGCCGAAAGUGUCUACGCGGGUUUGCGCAAACCCGAUCUAGACCGCUUUGCGUUAAUCCAUCUCUAAGGCAGGCAGGAGGACCUGAUCUAAGGCAGGAUAUGGUCGUUACGACACAGUACCCUGCAAGGAUCAGUGCCCUCGGAAA